AUGGCCGCAUAUCUCACUGUUGCUAUGUUCUGCCUGGCAAGUUCCCUAGCGCAAUCACCAACCCUUCCCCCGUACCUACGAACCGCGUCACCUGCUUUCACAGGUGGAAUUGCGUUUCCCAGCUCCCUCUUUGCGGAGUACUGGCCAGGAUUUGAGCCCACGCAGACCACCAAGGAGGUUCAACCCAUAGUUACAGACCCCGUGACUGGUUCAGUGUUUCCCCUCGAGCUUACCCAGCCGUAUCCCAUUCAAGAUGGUGAUUUCGUGGAUCCUUAUGUCAUUCCUCCCUCAUUACUGACCGAGCAAGUCACUGGGCCCAUAAUUCCCACGUAUAACUUGUCUACACCAGGAUCCCUCGCACUCGCUGCUCAGACAUUCCAGAGCAUCGUUGACAUCAUCGAUACCGCCGACAUUGUGGACAGCUGCGGAAAGUGCCAGGCAGCCCUGAGCAUAGGCAAGGUCCUCGCAAACACGGCUCCUUGGGAAGUGCCUAAUGUGAUGGUCGCAUUGUGUGAUAAAUAUAAUUUUGCGACCUACGGUUCUUGCGCCGAAACUUAUGGAAUUACGUCGGAAGGCGAUGUUGCUACUCAAGUCUUAGCUUUGGCUGACGUUGCAGGCCAAGAUGGGCAAGCUAUUUGUGCACACUGGGUUGGAGGCGCAUGCACUGUUCCCCCUCCAAACGUCCUUAACAUGACUGGAUACUUUGCCACUGCCAAGCCCACCAAUGCGGUUGCUCCUCCGUCAUCAGGAGAACGCGUCCGAGUGCUCCACUUGUCCGACUUCCACCUUGAUCCCCGCUACGAUAUUGGCUCUGAAGUCGAGUGCAGCCAGUACAUGUGCUGCCGGUACAACGCGUACGCUUCCUCCAGCCCGAAUACAACUCUCUUGCCAGCACCGAGAUUUGGUGCUUUUCAGUGUGAUCUCCCCAUGGAUCUCGCUGGUGUUGCGAUUGAAGCCAUACCUGUUCUUGCGGGCGCUGGCCCAACCGGCAGAGAGUUCGACUUCGCCAUUUUCACCGGAGACCUCAUUUCCCAUGAUAAUCACAACUGGCCUCUGCAGCUUGGUCGGACUUAUAUCGAGUACGAAGAAUCAAUCACAUUUUUCUUGAUUCAAUCUGCACUCGGUAGCACCCCGGUUUAUGCGGCUUUGGGCAACCAUGAUACAUGGCCUCAAGCAUGUGCUGCACCUCUCACCCUGGAGCCGGAAUAUCUCGGGAAUCAGUUCUCCUGGAACUAUGAGCAUAUCUCAGCUCUCUGGGCUCAAAAGGGUUGGGUGGAUAGUACCGCUUACCAAUAUGCUAGUGUGCACUAUGGAGGUUAUGCCAUCACGACUUGGAGAAGUCUGAAGAUCAUUUCGUUCAACAGCGAUUUCUGGUACGGUGACAAUUGGUUCAACUAUAUCAACACUACUAAUCCCGACAUUUCGGGCCAAUUGCGCUGGAUGGCGGACAAUUUGCAGAUUUCGGAGGACGCCGGUCAACGUGUUUGGAUCAUUGGACACAUCGUUGAGCGAUACUCUCCUCACGUGAUUGCUGAGAUCUUCUUUGGUCACACCCACGAAGAUCAGUUCUCGGUUUUCUACGCCAACAACGGUUCCGACCCUUCCGCUGCCAGCGCACUAGCGACCGCCUGGACUGCACCGUCUCUCACCCCGCUAACGAACCUCAAUUCCGGCUUCCGCGCCUACGACAUCGAUCCUGUUACGUUCAAUGUCCUCGACUCGUACACAUGGAUUUCUAAUAUCUCCGAUGCCCCUGCCCUCGACGCGCAAGCUGAGCACGGCGCAGUGUUCACGUUCGAGUACUCCGCUCGGGAGGCAUAUGGCGCAAACAUCUCAUGGCCUUCCACCGCUCCUUUAAAUGCUACUUGGUGGCACCUUGUUACGGAGCAGUGGGAACUUAAUCCCAGCCUGAUCGAGAAGUUUUACACAUACGAGAGCAAAAGCUCAGUGAAAGGCGGGAAUUGCACCAGCACAGCAUGCCUUCAAUCAAUGAUCUGUUACGCACGGUCGGGCUCUGUUCCACUUGCUGGUCUCUGCCCGUAUGGCACUGGCUACUGA